AUCCACCAAUGCUCAAACUCCAGGUAGUGCUUGUUCCCCCAGGGCCUUUUUUGCCGCAGACGGCAAAUCUGACUGCCACCUUCAACACCACAAUCGCCUCCGCGCGCCGGUUUCUUCACAUCACGCUGAGCACCAAGACCAUGAUGGAAGUGUGUGAUGAGAUCUCAGCGCGGUUCCACCGCUUAUACCCGCACGAGGCGUUGCUCGAAAUUUCACGCUUACAAGACAGCAACGAGAAUGACUUGGACCCGGAUUACAUAGUGGGACACGUUUUCGACCCGAAAGACAACGUUGUACGCGUGAUCUUGGACAGUGAUUGGGACGAGCCGCAGCCCGAGCCCCAACUGCAUGCGCUGCCCAACUCCACGGGCGUUUCUUUCAACUUGAGCGACCAGCUGACGCCAAUGUUAGCGCCAAACGGUAAGAGGAAGCGUCAGAGCGAGUACUUUGGCACGGCGUCGCGCAUUCCGUCUAAGAAGCACCGCUACUCGCUUCCAUCUAUCUGGGGAAGCAAACGUCAGGUCAGUCUGCCAGGCGCCCCGAUAUACGAGGUGCCUGAAACCGCCUCCAAACCGUCUUCGUUGUCCAAGAUGCAAUCUAUGGACGAAAUUGAGGCCUCGGCGGUUUCUGAAUCUGAUUUCUCCGCGUCUACUUCGGACUCCGAUUCCGAUUAUGACGCAUCGCACAUCUCAUUACCUCCGCCAGAGGCCAAAGCCUUGACUGCUGAUCCUAAGAAGGCCACAGCGGUGAGACCAGCCCGUAACGUGUCUGGGACGCUUGAAAUCCCCGAAAAUGCCAAGGCCAAGAUUACCAAGUCCUCACCAAAGACGAAAACCCCACCAAAGACCACUGAACAAGUGACACCUACGCCAAAGACGCAGAAGCGAGUUGGUAAACCGGCCCAGUCGGAGCACCAAGAGCUGCCCGAGGCCGUGGAGGAAGAGUCCGAGAUUCUCACGAAAGAAGAGAUCAUGCGCAUGUUUAAGAACGGGAUGCGGAUUCCAGGCAAGAUGCGCAAGGGUGGCAAGAUUGCGACAGAGCUUUCUACAACGUUGUUGAACCAGCAGCCAGUUAAGGGGAAGCGCGCGGCCGCGGAGAAGGCUGUUUCGAAGAUCAAGGACUGGAAUACCGUGGAAAAGUCCACCGGUAUUGCUGAAAUAAGGGCCGAGGCUACUUCCAAUAAUGGUCUCUCCAAGGCUCCGGUACUCAAUCCAAUCAACCCAAGUGGCACCAAACUUGGCGCUGCGUUUGAAAGCCCACAGAGAUUAAUCGGUGCCCAUGCGUUUGCUACUUCUACACCAAUUUCCAAGUCUGACCACGUGGAGCCAUCUGAGGUGGCUAAUGUCCAGAUCCCUGCCCUCACGGCCACUACCAUUCCAGAGGAGUCGGCCGAGGUCACUCCCUCGGGCGAAUCCGCGACCGUUUCCGACGGUAUACCAGUUGAGAUCCCCGCGCUGUCUGCCGUGCGCGACGAGCUCCUCAAGGCAAAGGAACAGUCUAUUAAGAAGCGUGAGGAGGAGCGUCGCAGAAAGGAAGAGGAAAAGAAGAAGAGAGAGGAGGAGAGAUUGAGAAAGCAGGAGGAGAGAAAGAAGAAGGUGGAGGAGGAAAAGGCCAAGCGCGAAGAGGCCAAGCGCAAGCGUGAGGAAGAGAAGAAGAAGCUCGCAGAGGCGCUCAGAGUUGAAAAGGAGGAGGCCAAGCGAAAGCUCGCUGAGAGUCUAGCCAAGACUAAGAAAGCCGAAGCAGAGGCGUUAGCUGAGGCUCAGAAGCAUAGAGAAGUGGAGGCGGCGAAACAAUUAGAAAUGGCCAAGUUGAUACAGGAGGCAGCGCUGUUGAAACAACAAGAAGCCUUGGCAGCAGCCAAGGCCGAAGCUGAAGCUAUUUCCAGGGCUGAAACACAGGCUGAGGCCGCUGCCAAGGCUGAGGCUACUAAAAAACAAAAGGAAGCUGAAGCUUUGAAGCAAAAGGAAACUGAAGCUGCUGAGCAGAGAUUAGCUGAAGAAGCUAGCGCUGCUCAGAAACAAAGAGAAGCCACUGAAGAGCAACGAAUGGAAAAUGAAGCUGCCGCUGAAGCUGUCAAGCAAAAAGAGGCUGCUAUUUUGAGGCUUAAAGAGCUUGAUGUCGCCAUCUUGAGACAAAAGGAGAUGGACGCUUUGAAACAGAAGGAAGCUGAAGCUGCUAAGACUUCUAAGGCUGCCGCCGCUGCGGCGAAGAAGGCUGAAAUUGCCGCCGCUAAAAAGGCUGCAGCAAUAAAGAAGAAAGAAGACGCUGCGAAGGUGACAGAGGAAGCUUCGAAACAAAAGGCGACCGAACAGGCAGUAAUCACACUGGAGCAGACUGCCGCGGCUGAGGUCACCGCUGCUCAACUCGCUGCGGACUUGCAGAAGCGCCACGAGAUGUACACCGAGUCAGUGAACCGCACUCAGCAGGUAAAGCAGAAGCAGCUCCAGGAAAUUGAGGCAACAGAAAAGGAGAAGAAGGCGGCCCUUGCCGCUAUCAGAGCCGAAAAGGCUGCAGCCACCAAGCGGGACACCGCCAAACGCUUUGCCGAGUUGUGCGCGCACAAGAUGCGCAUCGAUGGGUUAGACUCGUUGACGAAGGAGCAGGAAGCGGAAAUCAAGCAGGUCAUUACGAAGCACAGAAGGCGUGAGUCUUACUUGAAGAAGAAAGAGUCGCAGUCUCAGGAGUGCUCCAUGGUAGACGACUCCAUGGUGGAUGUCACAAUUUCUGACGCCCAACUGCCUACUAAGCCGCUAAUCAAGACCCCAAUGAAGACUGUGAUGCCGGUAGAAAUGACCCCUUCAGUACCUGUUGCGAAGCCUUUGGUUUCAUCGCCGACUGUGAUCGCGAACCCGGUGGCCCCAGCCUCCCCGGAGGCCAAGCCGAUUGUGCCAAUUGUCCACGCCACGCCGUUGCGUGCUCCAGUGACUGCCACCUCCGAAAAUUCCUCAUCCAGUGAGUCUGAGGAUGAUUCGGACUCGGACUCGGACUCUUCGGUCGAGGUAGACACCCUGCAGAAGCGACCACGCGUGGUCAAUACCCCCAAGAACACAUCCACCACCUCUGUCGUAGACCCGAAGAAAACCGUUUCGUUUAUCGAAACGCCGAAACCAGCAUCAGCGACGUCGGUGGCCCGUGUUUCAGUCGCCUCUAGACUCAAGAGACAGUCUUUAGUGUCUUUGACCGACUUGGCCGCGCGCGGCGUGCCCGAAGUCAAGGAAGUGAGCUUACGAACGCCAUUGGCUCCAGACAUGUCUGCUGAAUCCUCCUCGGAUUCUGAUACCUCUUCUGAUUCCUCGUCUGACUCCGACACGGAUUCCGAUUCGAGCGAGGAUGAGGCCAUUGAGACCGGUGCCGCCAGAUAUAUUGACCCGAAGAAGGCCAAGAGCUUGGUUGGCAAUGUGAAAGAGAAGAGAAGAAAAAGCGGCUUCUUCGACUUGAUGAAGGAUGCCAAGAAGUAACCUAGCGCUGUAUUGUAUAUGUAAAGCUACUAUUAAUAUUACGAAAU